CAGCGCUGCACCGUGCGCCCAGCGGGAUCCCCCCACUUGUCAGCUCACCACGCUCAGCUAAAGCUCAGCCCAAUCGCCAUCUGGUCAAUUCAAAUCUCACCUCUCCUAUUUACUUUUAUCCCUCCUUUGAAAACAAAGAGAGCGCCAAAAAAUAAGCGCAAACCCGCAAUCAGAAUGUCGCACUUCUUCCCCAAAGCGACCUAUGCCGAGGACCAGCCUCUUGCAACCACAAUCCUCACCACACACGUCCUCUACCGCGGCUUCCAAACUGGCGCUGCACUCGGCCCGCUUACACGCGCCGCGCUCUCGCUCAGAACCAAAUCACCGCUCACAUCGACGUCUCUCCUCCGCGCCGCGGGGACCGGCGGCGUCGUGGGUACAGGCAUUCUGAGUGUUAUGCUUAUCGGGCGGAUGUGGGGGAGGGAAGAGAUCGAGUGGAAGGAUCGCAGUUGGAGGCUGAUGAAUCAUAAGGGGCAGGUUGCGAUCGAUGAUUGGAGUCAGGUUGGGGGUGUGCUUGGGGCUGGGUUGGGUGCGACGAGGGUAGGGAUUCUCGGGUGGAGGGGCGUUGUUGGUGCAGCUGGGGUUGGGUCCUUGGUUGGUGUUGUCGGGUGUUUGGGGUAUGGGUGGGUGAAAGGGGAGGAGAAGCAGUUGUGAUGAGGGAGGGUGAUUGGUCUGGGCUUCUUUGUGAGUGUAUGAUAUGGUGAUACCAGUAGUAUAGGCGAUAAUGUUACUGUCUCCUCUCCACAUGUUCAUUGUUUUUCAGACUUUUUGUCGAAGUAGAUUUGCUUGGGGGUUCCAGUGAAUCGAUUGAGU